CUGCUUGUAACACAUUCCAGCAGAGAGGAAGUGAGAGACGGAGCGCCGGUGUUUGUGCGAGAGCGGGGAGAAAUGUAUGAAUGGAUUCUUGGUCAGACCUGAGGGGCCAUUACGCACCUGGGAUUUCAUUUUGGCCAUUAUCAGCUAUGGACCGAAACAUCUGGGGUUAGAGCUCUCGACAUAAUCGGGGCUACAGAGAGGUAACAAAGGGAGUCAGAAUGGACACCGAGACUCUAAUUAAACACUUUCAGCGAGACCCCGAGGCCACUUUAAUGCCCCUGUCUGUGAGCUCAGACUGGUUCGACGAUGGAAAUGAGACCACUGGGAACCAGUUCCAGCAGCCCGACUGGCAGGUGGCUCUGUGGGCCAUAGCCUACUCCCUCAUCAUCCUGGUGUCCAUCACUGGGAACGUCACAGUGAUCUGGAUCAUCCUUGCUCACAGACGCAUGAGGACCGUAACCAACUACUUCAUCGUCAACUUGGCCUUUUCAGACGCAUCCAUGGCGACCUUUAACACCCUUUUCAAUUUUGUCUAUGCGCUUCACAACGACUGGUACUUUGGCCUGGGUUAUUGUAGAUUUCAGAACUUCUUCCCGAUCAUGGCAAUGUUCUCAUCAAUAUAUUCAAUGGCUGCCAUAUCUGUGGACAGGUACAUGGCGAUCAUUCACCCACUGAAGCCUCGCCUCUCCUCCACCUCCACAAAGGUGGUAAUUGCCUUGAUUUGGAUUGUUGCCUUCUCGCUGGCCUUCCCUCAGUGCUACUACAGUGUAACAAGAUUUUACUACCCCAGGACCGUGUGCAUGGUUGACUGGCCGGAUGAUUACGGAGGCACCCAUCAACUAAGUUACCAGUUUGCAGUGAUAUUGCUGAUCUACUUGCUCCCUCUGCUGGUGAUGCUGGUGACAUACAGUGUAGUUGGUCGCUCGUUGUGGGGUGGACACAUCCCUGGAGAGGCAACAGAGCAUUACCACAGCCAGAUAACAGCCAAAAGAAAGGUGGUGAAGAUGAUGGUGGUUGUGGUGGUGACCUUUGCUCUCUGCUGGCUGCCCUACCAUAUUUACUUUAUUCUGGGGUCCUUUAACAGAGACAUUUACAAACAACAUUAUAUUCAGCAGGUGUAUCUGGCUAUUUUCUGGUUGGCUAUGAGUUCGACUAUGUACAAUCCAAUUAUUUACUGCUGUCUGAACCAAAGGUUCCGGGCCGGUUUCCGUCAUGCUUUUGCUUGGUGUCCCUUCAUCAAAGUGUCAGAGGAAGACAAGAUGGAGCUGCAGUACACGCACACGUUCAGAGUGACAGUGACACGCAGCCGCCGCAGUGACACCUCUUACACGCACGCCUCCAGCAAAAAAAACAACGCAAACCCAGAGAAAGACACUUGCUUACAGCAGAAAAAACCCACAUGCAGCUCACAAAAUUCCCAUGGGGUUAGGAAACAGGAUGACACGAGACCCCCAGCUUCUAAGCUCAUGGAGCACAACCACUGACUUUUGAACAGCAAAAUGUCACAGAUAUUUAUAUGUGGAAAACACAACAAAGCAAGGUCUGCAGCAGCUGAAGAAGACUUUGAAGAAAAAUCUGCUCAGUGAACUUGGAGAUCAGCGACACUGUGUGUUAACAGUGUCAAAGAAUGAAUGUGACUGAAAGAUGAUAAAGGUAUUCCUGAUCCUCUUCAUGGUUUUGGUGCAGCUCAUGCUCAUCUUAUACAGUACCUUGCAAAAGUAUCCUCACUCCUUGUUUUACACAUUUUAGCACAUUACAAUCGAAACGUUCCUAGCAUUUUAGUGGGACUUUUGUUAUAGACCAAUACUAAGUGGUGCUUCAUUGUUAUCCCUAGUGCAAUGAAUCUCAACCCUAGUAUUUUAGAAGUGUCUCUUCUCCAACAAACCUGAUUUAAAUUAUUGCAUUACAUCCUCAACAUGCUAUCAAAACCUGCAUAAACCUUUUGAUCAUCCAUUCAUUUAGGUCAGGUGUAUGGCAGCAGGGAAACAUAUGAAACAUGAAGGGCAGCGGCCUGAGAUCCAGGGUUGAGAAACCUUAACCCAGGGAAAAUAAUAAAUGAUUCAUGCAUAUGUAUUUAGACGCCCCGAGUCAAUGUUAUGGAGAAUCAUCCGUUGCUGCAAAUACAGCUGCAAAUAUUUUGGGUGAGUCUCUACCGGGUUUGCACAUUAGAGACUAUUUCUUGUGCAUGCUUUCCUGAAAAAUUGCUCCAAAUCAAUCAGAAUGGACAAAGUCAGUCUGUGAACAUUACUUUCUCAACCACAAGUUCUCAAAUGGAUUUUGCUCCUGACUUUGACUGGGCUAUUUUAACACAUAAAUAUGUUUUUAUAUGAACCAUUCCAUUGUAGCUCCAGUUGUAUGUUAGGCUUGUUGAAAAAUGUACUUGUACCUCGCAGUCUCCAACAGGUUUGCUUCUGGUAAUGCCCUGUAUUUAACUCCAUCCACAUUUCCAUCAGCUCCAACCAGCUUUCUUGUCCCUGGUGAAGAAAAACAUCCCCACAUCCCCCUGCUGGGGAUGGUGUUUUAGGGUGUUAGAUUUUCACCACAUGUAACAUUUUGCAUUUAGACCAAAAAAGUCAGAUUUUCGUCUCCUCUGACCAGAGCAUCUUCUUCUGCAUGUUUGCUGUGUCCCCUAUCUGGUUUGUAGCAAAAUGGAAAGGGGGAACUCUUUUGGCUUUCUUUCAUCAGUUAAACAAUUUUGCCUCUUUCUCAUAGAGGCUAAAUUUGUGAAAUCAUGAGUAAUAUUUUUCCUGUCGAAAGAUUCUCCUACUUAAGCUCUAUAUGCAGCUCCUCCAGAGUUCCCAUGGGCCAGUCAGCUGCUUCUCUGAAUAAUGCUGUCCUUAGUCAGCCUCUCAGUUGAGGUCAGAGGUUUUCCACUUUGAUAAUAUCCUGCAUCAUUUUUGCCAUUGCUCCUUCUAAAUAAAAUUCACCUGGAGCUGCAAAACCUAAACGAUCUUUGCAAACAUUAUUUAUAAAUACCUACUAUAUAAAAUAUGUUUUUUUUUUUGGUUAAAGUAACCAUAAUCUUACUUAUGUUUUAGGUUUUAGAACAAAAAACAACAGAAAGGCUUUACAAUAUGACAAUUUACACAUUUCCUUGAACAGAAUUAACAUUUAUUAAAAAUGAAGGAAGUAAUUUGCAACCCAGUGACAAAGAACAAGACCAAACUUAAAAACAAAUACAUGAAAAGUUUUCAAAGAACCACCAGAAUUAGCCUCUCUAAAACUAGCUUUAUAUUUAAAAGCAAUGUUCAGUUUUAUGGUGUUGAAUAUUAAGUUAUUAGAAGACAGUGUGGAGUGCAUAAAGAGCCACAUGUGAAUCCAUAGCUGCAGGUAGGAGACCCCUGGCUAACUUGGACCCCCAUGUAUGGGCUCUAUCAUGUGUCAGUAUAGUGGCCAUACUGUUCAUUUUUGAGAUGAUUGAUUGAACAGUGCUCUGUGAGAUAUUGAAAGCUUGGAUGUUAUUUCCUAAUCCUGCUUUAAACAUCUCUACAUCUUCAUCUCUGAUCUGUCUGCUGUGUUCUUUGGUCUUCAUGAUGCUGUACAUUGUUUUUUUAAAGGCAGUUGGUUGCACUUAAUUUUAUUUAGGGGUACAACAGUAAAGGGGGGUAAAUACAUAUGGACACCAGAUCUUUCAGAUUUCUGUUUUUAAAACCAUGUAAAAAUCUCCCCUUUAACAGUUAAGCACUACUUCGUGUUGAUCUGUAACAUAAAAUCCCAACAAAAUACAGUGAAGUUUGUGGUUGUAAUGUGACAAAUUGUGAAAAAGUUCAAUGGGUAUGGAUAAUUUUGCAAGGUGCUGUAUGUGAGAAGGUGAGAAGCAUGGUACAUCCAUGAAGUUGGAAACGCUAUAAUUUGACAAAUGUUUAAUGGACCCUAAGAAUAGCAUGAAGAACACAAGCAGACGGAGAACAUUCAAACUCCAUACAGAAAGACCUCAGAGGAAUUCAAACUGACAACCUUCCUGUGAGGUGCUAGCCUUUGAACUACAGGGUUCAUUUGAGUGUUUACAUUUGUAAAAUACUGUAUAUAACAGAAAAAAGACUAAAUGUGGCGUUGAACGUUUAUCAUCAAUCAGUAUGUUGUUGGCAAAUGUGAGAGUGGUGUUCUUUUCGGUCGGCAGUAGUUUUUGCUUUGAAAUAUUCUCACGGAUGCCAUUUUUGUUUACCCAUUCUCUUGAUCCUUAUUGUUAAAUCUUGAACACUGACCUUAACUAAGGUAAGGGAGGCCUGUAGUGCUUUAGAUGUUGUUUUGUGUUCUUUUGUGGCCUCCUUUAUAAGUCGUUAAUGCUCUCUGGGAGUAAUUUCGGUAGGCCGGCCACUCCUGGUAAGGUUCACCACUGUAGCAUGUAGUAGUGGUGAAACAAAGUUAAUUCAUGAUUUAACAAGGGGGGGAGGGGGGGGGGGCAGGUAUAUUUUUACAUAGGACCCAGUUGGUUGGAUCAAUUUUUCCCUUAUUAAAACAGAAGAAAUUUGUAAAGGGUGAUAAACCUUUUCCAGUCCUAUAAAGGCAGCUGCAAGACUCAUCUGAUAAAACAGAAAAUCCCCAUGAAAAUCACAACUAUCAGUAAGGAGGCCCACUCUGAUUUCUGAAAAACAAAAUGAAGAUAGAGAUAAAUAAAAAAAACACAUUCUGAACAUUCCUGAUAACAGCCUGAUUAGCAUUUAUCAGUUAUCGUCAGUGACAUUUGUUUGAUAAGCAGGUCACAUUAUGUGCAUUCAUGGUGCAAUCUUAUAUUCAAUAAAAAUGGAAUAUUUUUAAGGUCUGCUUUUAAAUUAAGGUCUGCAAUUAAAAAACUUUAAUUGUUGUGGCUAUCAAUGUAUAAUAUAGUGAAGGAAUGUAAAUGUCAAUAUUUGACUUGUGAUUAUGUUGUGAUGUUUCAGAAUGGUGAAUAAAAUAAUUUGAGCUCUACAAUCCUAUUUUUUUUUUUUUUUUAUGGUGGCCUACAUACAAAAAUUACUAUGUUAAAUUGACAUGCCACUGGUAGGAAUGGGCCUUGUGGUUGCUAAAAAUAAUAAUCUAAUACAGGUACUUCUCAGGAUUGUAAUCAUACAAUCAAGAUAGUUAAACAAAAUGAAAAUAUAAUACAAUCAGCAAACACAGGCAACAGUGAGGUCAUUCCAGCUUCAGGAAUAAAGUGAAUAUGCUUGUAAGAAAAGAUGAGUUUUGAGUGAGGAUUUAAAGGCAAGAGAAUCUCAGUGUCUUAUGUCCUCUGGUUAAGAGUCUUAGAGGCAGGAGGGACAAGCAACUGAGGGCCCUCAACCCCAAAGAGGACCAUUAAGAAGGAGACUGAGCGAGCAGAAAGAAGCAGAAUGGAGGGGUAUGCAGAUGUAGAGGAGCUCGGUUAGGUACUGAGAAGCAAAGUUGUUUGCAGCCUUGAAGUUGAGGGGUAGGAUUAUAUAAAUAAUGCUGAAAAUAAGGGGAAGCCAGUGGACCUGCUGCAUGAUGGGUGUAUUAUGACUGAAUGAGGUGAACUUUAUGAAAAGGAACCUUUAGGUAAACCAAACAUUUUGAUCAGUGCUUUCCGUCGAUGUACCUUCUGCCGGUGUUCCUUGGUCGUCAUGAUGCUGUUUUUUUUCCACUGAGACCUUCACAGAACAGCUGGAUUUACACUGAGAUUACACACAUAGACUGUUUACGUAUUAGGUGACUUGUGAAAGGGAAUCCAUUGCCCUCAAAAUCAUCAAAAAUGAAAGGAAAGGGAGCUAAAUACAUAUUCAUGCCACACUUUUUAUGUUUUAUUUGGAAAAAAUUAAACCCAUGCGUCCUUUUCCUUUUACUUCACAACCAUGCUGCUUUGUGUUGGUCCAUCAAAUA